AUGUUCUUAAUGAUGCCCACACUAACUUACCAAGACCAGCAAUCAGACGAUCAAGCAAGUUUACUCUGCAUAAGCGAUUGCGCCACGUGUCCAGUCAUCUGUUCACCACCGCCGUCUCAGCCCGAAAAGUCACAACCACCGCCGCCGGCCCCGCCGAUUCAACCGGCAAACAACGCCCCGCCACCCACUUACUUCACAUUCUUGCCACCGCCGUUGCAGCCGGAUUUAUCACCUCCGCCUAAGAAGGCGGCGCCGCCACCUUCUCCGGCGUGGAUUUACACAACUGGGUCUCCUCCGCCCCCUUCCAAAACCCCCGUUCAGAUUUCACCGCCGAUAGUGGUGGUCGGAAAUAAGACGCCGCCGUCUCCGGCUGCCGGCGGCAGCGGAGGAGGAGGAGGGCAUGACCAUGAUGAGUAUCCUUAUCCUUACUAUUAUUUCUAUUCCUCCGGGGUGGCGGCAGCGGCGGUGGGUUGUUCCGCGGUGGCUGUUGAGAUUUUCUUCCUCUUUGUGGUGUUUCAGUUUUGGUGA